AUAUAUGAUCAUUUCAUUUUCUAGUGUUUUCCAGAACUAAUUACUGAGAAAAAUGUCUUCUUCUGCGUCGGCUCAUCGUUCCAUUUCCAGCGAGAAUCGUCGCUCUGCCGACUUUCAUCCCAGCGUUUGGGGGGAUAUUUUCCUGUCACGUCCCUCUAAAAUGAAUAUGGGUACAGAAACUCAACAGGAACACGAUGAACUAAAACAAGAGAUACAGAGGAUGCUUAUGGUGGCUACAGAUGAGCCAUCUCAUAAAUCGCGGUUAAUCGAUACGAUUAAACGCAUUGGUGUAAGUUACCUUUUCGAAAGAGAGAUAGAGGAUGCUUUACAGGAUAUUCAUCAUCGCUACCAAUACAAAGCUCACCAAAAUCUCGAGGAUACUUCUCUUAUGUUUCGACUACUUAGAGAGAAUGGCUUCAAUGUUGAAUCCGAAAUAUUCAACAAGUUCAAAGAUGAGAAUGGAAACUUCAACAUGUCCUUGACAAGAGAUGUCAAAGGGUUGCUACAACUUUAUGAGGCUUCUCAUUUGAAUGUUGAUGGAGAGCAUAUACUAGAAGAGGCCCUUGCAUUCACUACCACUCAUCUAGAGUUUGCCAAAGGGCAUAAUGGCCUUUCAGCACUUGUCUCCCACGCCCUAAACCGACCUAUCCGAAGGAGCUUGCCAAGGUUGGAGGCAAGGCACUAUAUUUCCCUAUAUCAACAAAAUGAUUCACAUCACAAAACGUUAUUGAAGUUUGCAAAGUUGGAUUUCAACUUAUUACAAAAUCUGCACAAGGAAGAGCUAAGCAAGAUCUCUAGGUGGUGGAAAGAUUUAGAUUUUGUGCGAAAACUACCAUUUGCACGAGAUAGAUUGGUUGAAUGCUACUUUUGGAUAUUGGGGGUGUACUUUGAGCCACAAUACUCUUUUGCCAGAGAGAUAUUGACAAAAGCAAUAGUCAUGGCAUCAACUAUGGAUGACAUAUAUGAUGUGCAUGGCACAUUUGAAGAACUCCAACUCCUGACAAAUGCCAUUGAGAGGUGGGAUACUGACUGUUUCGAUCAACUCCCCAAAUACAUGAAAAUUUUCUACAAAGCAGUGUUAGAUCUUUAUGAAGAAAUGGAGGAAGUGAUGACAAAGCAAGGAAAAUCUUACAGAGUUCAGUACGCAAAAGCAGCAAUGAAACAAUUAUCACAAGCUUAUUUCGUUGAGGCCAAAUGGUACAAUGAAAACUACGCACCAACAGUAGGAGAGUACAUGGAAAAUGCAUUAGUAUCCUCUGGCUACAUCAUGGUUACAAUCACAUCUUUUGUAGGAAUGGGAGACGAUGUUACAGAAGAAACCUUCAAUUGGGCAUCUAACAACCCUAAGAUCGUCAGAGCUUCGUCGAUGAUUGCCCGCCUCAUGGACGAUAUUGUUUCACACAAGUUUGAGCAAGAGAGAGGACAUGUUGCAUCGGCCGUCGAAUGCUACACGAAGCAACACGGCGUUUCGGAAGAAAAGGCAUGCGAAGAGUUAAAGAAGCUGAUUGAUAAUGCUUGGAAGGAUAUAAACCAUGAGUUGUUGAUUGAACCGACUGCUGCUGCGGUUCCAUUGCCGGCCCUUACUUGCAUUCUGAAUCUAGCGAGGGUUAUGGAUUUCCUUUACAAGGGAGGAGAUGGAUAUACACACGUUGGAAAUGUUGUAAAGACCGAAAUCGCUUCGUUACUGAUUCAUCAAGUGCCGAUUUGAUCAAUGGUUGAGAAUUUGAUACAACUAGAAUAAAAGAUGACCGCCUUGUAACAUGUGCUAAAAAUCACACAUAUGUGCCUUUUCUA